AUGUCAUCAUUGACUGAUAUCAAUCCCGUAACUUCCAAAGAAGAGGUUGUAGAUUUAUUGGCAAGCUUCCUUGAUCGUACCACGAUAAAGGCUGACGAGCCCGCGGCAACGAACUCCGAGUCACUCGAGUCCGAGUAUACCUUCGUCGACACCCGGGAGGCUUUGCCUGAUGUGAUCGAUGGUCUUGUUGGUCUCCCGACCAGCCCACCAUCUCUCUAUGUCGACCUUGAGGGUAACAACCUCUCGCGCCAUGGGACCAUCUCCAUCCUUCAAAUCCACGUCCGCACCACCGGGCACACCUACUUGAUCGACGUCCUCACCCUUGGCUCCCUCGCGUUCUCUACCUCGGGCACUCUCCACGCCGAGACCACCCUCAAGUCCAUCCUUGAGAAUGACAAGAUACCAAAGGUCUUUUUCGACGUCCGCAACGACUCGGACGCCCUCUACGCCCACUACAGCAUCAACCUCUCAGGCAUCCAGGACCUCCAGCUCAUGGCGCUCGCCACCCGCAACCCCGGGCAACGAAGGAUCAUCUCCGGCCUGGCUAAGUGCAUCGAGAAGGAUGCACCCCUCUCCAGCGUCGAAAGAUCACGCCUGGCCGCCGUCAAGGCAAGGGGGUCGAAGCUGUUCAGCCCCGAGAAGGGGGGCAGCUACGCCGUCUUCGACGCGAGGCCGCUGUCCACAGAGAUUGUGGACUACUGCGUGCAGGAUACCACAAUCUUGCCUAGGCUGUGGUCGCACUACGAUCGGCAGCUGAGCACGGCGUGGGACGAGAGGGUGCGGGACAUGUCGGGGAGGCGGGUAAAGGAGUCUCAGUCGCCCGCAUUCAACGGAAAGGGGCGGCAUAUGGCGCUGGGUCCCGUAGAGUGGGCUAGGUUGAGAAAGUGA